GUAUUGGAAACAAUUUGAACACAAAUAUUAUAAUCCGCCGAAGCAACUUGUUAAAGCUGGAGAAAGGUAGCAGGCGACAGCCACGGGAAAUUUAUAGGGUGGUUAAAAAUAUUGGAUCAAUCAAGCAAGCGAUUACUGGUUUCAAAGUCAAGAAGAAGAAAUCGGUUGUUGCUCUCCUUUUCCUUCUAAUUUCCUUCCUUUCGAUCCUUUCGAUCCUUUUUUUCCUUCUCUUUCUCCGAUCCUUUAUUUUUUGAAGUGUAAGACUAUCAGAUCGUUCAGUUUGUCCUUUUUCCUACGGCUUUGGGCCGAUUCCUCUUUAUUUAAACAAAAAAAAAAUUCAAUUUUUUGGACUCCUGUUGCCGGACGAAGUUUUUGACCAAUAGAUCGUUCGGAUUUAUUUAGUUUGGAUCUCUGUAUUCUUUCCCUGCUUAUGUUUUCGUGAUUAUUUUAGGGUUUUAGAAGUGGCUGUGGUGGAAAUUAGUGUUUUUGGGGGUUGGUUUUUUGAGAAAUUGUUUUGGGAGGCGACUAGAUCAGGUUGCGGAUGGCGUCUGUGAGAAUGUCGUCGCCUAGAACUCGGGAGCCGAAGAAGCUGACCCGAUUGGAGCGGACCAAGGUGAAGGCUCGCCCGCAGGCCCUGCUUCAGUCUUUGAAAUCGCUGCCGAUUGAUCACAGGUUCACCGGCGGAUCGCCUUCGUCUUCUGAGAGCAGAAGAGCCGAAUAUGGACUUGGUAAUCUGAAUGAAAAGGAGAAGAAAGAGAAGGUUACGGGUGAAACCAAGGUGGAGGAUGAUUCACCGUGCAGUUCCAAAUCCAGUUCGGGAGAGGAUCGUCCGUCAGGAGUAGCCAAGGAUUUCGACGAUGCUGAGGAGAAUGAGGAAUCACCAUACAGCUCAAAGACAACUUCUCGCGAAGAGAGAGCUGCGGAAGGAGAUGAAGAUGUUAGGACAUCGAGUUCAGCAACUUCUAAAAUCUCGGCGAUCUCUUUAUCGAGGUCUGAUUCUAACUGGGGAGACACUCGUUCGUAUAUUGCAAAAAAGAAACUUCAAGCAUGGUGUCAACAUUCAAAUGGUGAUUGGGUAUUAGCCACAAUAAUAUCUUCUGGACCAGAGUCUGUUAUAUCUCUUCCUAAUGGUGACGUUUUAAGGCUCAACACUGAAAGCUUGCUGCCUUCAAAUCCCGAAAUUCUUGAUGGUGUUGAUGAUCUCAUGCAACUUAGUUAUCUACAUGAACCAUCAGUGCUGUACAAUCUACACUUUAGGUACUCCAGAGAUAUGAUAUAUACUAGAGCAGGACCAGUUUUGGUUGCUAUUAAUCCCUUCAAAAAGGUUCAUCUUUAUGGAAAUGAGUUCAUUGAAGCAUACAGGAAUAAAUCUAUGAACAGCCCUCAUGUUUAUGCAAUAGCUGAUACUGCCAUCCGCGAAAUGAUUCGAGAUGAAGUCAAUCAAUCAAUUAUUAUCAGUGGUGAAAGUGGAGCAGGGAAAACUGAAACUGCAAAAAUAGCAAUGCAAUAUUUGGCUGCUCUUGGUGGAGGUAGUGGUAUUGAAUAUGAAAUUCUACAGACAAGUCCGAUACUUGAAGCCUUUGGAAAUGCAAGAACAUUACGAAAUGACAAUUCCAGUCGCUUUGGCAAACUGAUUGAAAUUCAUUUCAGUGUGACUGGAAAAAUUUCCGGUGCCUCAAUUCAAACAUUUUUACUUGAGAAGUCAAGAGUGGUACAAUGUGCAGUUGGUGAACGUUCAUACCAUAUUUUUUAUUAUCUAUGUGCCGGAGCUACCAAAUCUCUAAAAGCAAAACUGAAUUUGAGGAAAGCAGAUGAGUAUAAAUAUUUGAAGCAGAGCAAUUGCUAUACUAUUGCUGGGGUUGAUGAUGCUGAAAUGUUUCAUCAUGUUAUGAAAGCUAUGGAGGUUGUCCAUAUCAGCAAAGAAGAUCAAGAGACUGUAUUUGCCAUGCUGGCUGCAGUGUUGUGGUUUGGUAAUAUCUCUUUUACAGUGAUUGAUAAUGAAAAUCAUGUUGACGUUGUUGCAGAUGAAGCUGCACAAACUGUUGCUAAGCUUAUCGGGUGCACUAUCUCUGCACUUAAGUUAUCCCUGUCAACACGCAAGAUGAAGGUUGGCAAUGAUAACAUUGUACAGAAGCUUACCCUUUCUCAGGCAAUUGAUACAAGAGAUGCCUUGGCAAAAUCCAUAUAUGCGAGUUUGUUUGAGUGGCUUGUCGAACAGAUUAACAAAUCACUUGGAAUAAGCAAACGUCGCACUGGUAGAUCAAUCAGCAUUCUCGAUAUCUAUGGAUUUGAAUCUUUCGAUAAAAAUAGUUUUGAACAAUUUUGCAUCAAUUAUGCUAAUGAAAGGCUGCAGCAACAUUUUAAUCGCCACUUGUUCAAGCUGGAACAAGAGGAAUACGUUCAAGACGGCAUAGACUGGGCAAAAGUUGACUUUGAGGAUAAUCAAGAUUGUCUAAAUCUUUUUGAGAAAAAACCAUUGGGGUUGCUGUCUCUCUUGGAUGAGGAAUCCACUUUUCCAAAUGGAACUGAUCUUACAUUUGCGAAUAAACUGAAGCAGCAUCUGAAUUCUCGUCAUUGCUUCCGAGGAGAAAGAGGCAAAGCUUUCACAGUACAGCACUAUGCAGGGGAGGUUAUAUACGACACAACUGGGUUUUUGGAGAAGAACAGAGAUUUACUUCACAUAGAUUCCAUUCAUCUCCUUGCUUCUUGCACAUGCCAUCUUCCUCAAGAUUUUGCAUCAAAAAUGCUGUCUCAAUCUGAAAACGUAGCAACUAAUCCAUAUCGAUCGGGUGUUGCUGAUUCGCAGAAGUUGAGUGUUGCUUCUAAGUUUAAGGGGCAACUAUUUCAACUGAUGCAAAGACUUGGGAAUACAACACCUCAUUUCAUACGCUGCAUUAAACCAAACAACUCACAAAAUCCAGAAAAAUUUGAGCAAGGGCUUGUUCUUCAGCAGCUUAGGUGCUGUGGCGUUCUAGAAGUCGUUCGUAUCUCUAGAUCUGGCUAUCCUACUAGAAUGUCUCACCAAAAGUUUGCCAAAAGGUAUGGUUUUCUUCUUCUUGAGAGUGUUGCAUCUCAAGAUCCUUUAAGUGUCUCUGUGGCAAUACUUAAACAGUUCAACAUUCAUCCUGAAAUGUAUCAAGUUGGUUAUACUAAGUUGUUUUUCCGAACUGGACAGAUUGGUGUUCUUGAAGACACAAGAAACCGAACUCUACAUGGGAUUUUAAGAGUGCAAAGCUGUUUCAGAGGCCAUCAAGCUCGGUGCUACGCGAGAAAACUCAGAAGGGGAAUUCUUACAUUGCAAUCAUUUAUUCAAGGCGAGAAGACAAGGCGAAUAUACUCUGGUUUGCUUGCAAGGCACAGAGCUGCAAUAGUGUUGCAGAGGAAUGUUAAAUCUCGAGCUGCUCGGAAGAACUUUGUCACUGCCCGUAGUGCUUCUAUAGUGAUCCAAUCUGGAAUCCGAGGAUGGCUUGUUAGGAGAUGUUCUGGCGAUAUCACAUUACUGAAUGCAAACAGGUCUUUUGCAGAUAAAAAGGGAGGAGAAGCAGAGCAGGUCAUUCUGAAGGCGUCUGUUCUGGCAGAAUUGCAAAGAAGGAUCCUUAAAUCGGAGGCCGCGCUGAGAGAUAAAGAAGAAGAAAACGACAUACUCCACCAGAGGCUGCAGCAGUACGAGAACCGAUGGUCGGAGUAUGAGCAGAAGAUGAAAGCCAUGGAAGAAGUGUGGCAGCGGCAAAUGGUAUCCUUGCAGUCCAGCCUCUCGGUUGCAAAGAGAAGCCUCGCCGUCGAUGAUGCAGAGCGAAAUUCCGACGCUUCAGUGGAGCAAAGCUGGGGCAGCGCGGACUAUGCCCGGUCCAAGGGAAAGGAGGAGAACGGCACGCCUCGAUUGGUCUCCCGACUGCUCGACAGGGACAUGAGUGCGAGCCUGAGCGUCAUCAACCGCCUGGCGGAGGAAUUCGAUCAACGGACGCAGGUGUUCGCCGACGACACGAAGUUCUUGGUGGAGGUCAAGUCCGGCCAGGCGGAGGCAAGCCUGAAUCCCGACAAAGAGUUGAGGCGGCUGAAGCAGGACUUCGAACUGUGGAAAAAAGACUUCAGCACACGCUUGCGCGAGACGAAGGUGAUCAUAAACAAGCUUGGGAGCGAUGACACUGGUUCUGACAAGGGGAAGAGGAAAUGGUGGGUGAGGUUGAAUAGUUCUAGGAUACUAUGAAUUGAAAAUACGUCCGUUUGAUUUUAUUUCAGUUUCCUGUGGAUUUGGAUUCAUGUUCCAAAAGAAAGAUAGCUCUGCUGUUGCGUGUUGUUGCAGAGUUGCAGAGAGUGAAACAAGAUGCUAUUAGAAAAACUUGUAUUGUAUAGGGACACAAAGCACCGUGUUUAUGAGCAUGUACGCAUGCAUGUAUGCGCCUUUUAGAUUUAAUCAAUCCACCUUUGUUUGUUGA